ACAGCCAGGAAAUCAGGAGGUGCUUGGCCUGGCAGCAGCUUCCACUGCCGGACGCCAAGAGGCGUCCGCAGAAGCAAAUCCUCACGCUACAGCUCGUCUACAUUAUAUUUACAAGCACACGAGAACCGACGCGCGCCUUUCCAUCAAAGUGUAUAGCAUUGUAUAUAGCCCUUUAAAAACAUUAGUUAUGGCAUAAUUGGUGUAAAAAAGUUAAUCAAGUGCACAGAACUGUUCUGGAGAAUCUAUUGUAUCGAUGUCAUGUGAAAAAUAUAGAUGACAACACCGCGAAACAUAUUAACGUAAUAGUUAAUGAGUUCUUAGAAUAAUAUACAUGUAGAAGCAAGGACUCAUAUAGUGAGGAGCACACUGUAUGUAGCACACAGCGUUUUCAACAAUUUAUUGCUUUGACAUUUGAAGCGGCUUUGCCAGUCGAUAAAAUGGAAACUAACGAAAUAUCUCCACAAAAGAGGCACAAAAAGCACAAACACAAGAAACAUAAGAAGAAGAAACCAGCACACGAUGAGGGUGAAAGUUUUGUCAAUGUCUGCGUUGAAACGGAAAAGAAGAAAGCAUUUAGAGUUAAAAUAAAAAAGGAUGAUGAUAAAGGAUUAGAGAAGCCUCGUGAGAAAGUACUAAAGACAGCUAAUCUCAGUGUUGCUGGUUCAAGUACUGCACCAUCGCCAAAAGCCACGGCGAAGAAAAAAGUACUGAAGGGCAAUAAAGGUAAAGACAGUGGUACCAGCAGCGAAGAGGAGCGCUGGCUUGAUGCUAUUGAGUCUGGAAAACUGGAAGAAGUUGACGAUGAGUUAAAGAAAAUUAAACCAAAGGAUCCAAAAUUAAUGACAGCCCGUCAAAGAGCCAUGUUUGAAAGGAAGACUGAUACAGAACCGCACGCAGGUGUGGAACAACUUAUGUCACUACCAACUGGUUACAAAGAAAAAGUUAUGACAGCAGAAGCUAUACAAAAGGCUGCUCUAAAGUCAUUAAAAAGAAAGCAACUGGCCGAUGAGAAGAGAGAGAAAGAUAAGAAAAAAACAAUGGAAAGGCUAUUGAAGAAACAAGAAUCUAAAGCCUCCAAAGUUAUUAGUAAAGGAAAACCUUCCAGGAGGCAAGUUCCUUUAAUCACAUAUCGUUUAACGGUUGAAAGGAGUUCAAUAUCCUUGCCGCCAGGAGAGGAUUUCCCAUUACAGCCUACUCAGGGGAAAGUUCCUCCGUUUCCGAUACUUUGCGGCGUGAACGAGUGCAAGAACCCGAAAAAGUAUUCAUGCUCAAAGACUGGAGUGCCACUGUGCAGUUUACAAUGUUACAAAACUAAUUUAGCGACAGCCACAUGAGCAUAAAUAUUGUUCAAUUAGAAUUAUAUGAAACCAGUUCUUUCAGACUCACUUUAUCAGCGAAUUAACAAUUACAAAUAUUUCUUAUUAGUUUACUACCUCACAUUUUCAAGAGAUUAAUCCUUGGAUGAUAGUGUUCAGGUCCACUGUGACCCAGCGUUUCAAAGCCACUAAAUCUCAGCAAGCUCAAAUAAUACGAUUCUAAAAAUUGUCAAAUAAAACACGCUUUCCAAAGGUUAGCGUGGUGCAUAACGCAUUUGUAUAUACAGUAAAACUUGUUAAGAAAAAAUUAGCUUAAAAUUCGAACGUCACCGACCCUUGUAAAUACCGUUGUAUACGCGAUCCACCUGUGUUUAGAUAAGUCGCACAGCUGGCUGUUUUGCAGCGUCCAUUUGGCACAUUCGAUCUCAGCGGAAUGUAUUGACCAAAUAAAACCAGUCAGAAACGUG